CAGCUGCUUCGUUCCCAACAGAAGGAGAAUCUGAAACUCCAUUACAUUGCACUCCUCCCCACCUCUACGCUCGCGGCUAUGCCGGAAUCGUCGUGAACUUCCAGGCGGCGGCGGCGGCUCGGAGGCGGAGAGCCAAGAUGUUCGAAGGGCUGGUCCGCCAGCUGCUACUCGGCUACCUCGGCCGGUACGUUAAGGACAUACAGAGGGAUCAGCUGAAGAUCACACUCUGGCACGAGGAGGUCCUGCUGGAGAACGUCGAGCUGAUCCUCGAAGCCUUCGAUUACCUGCGUCUGCCCUUUGCUCUCAAGGAAGGCCGUGUCGGCAGGCUCAGCAUCAGAAUCCCAUGGAAGAAGCUCGGUUGGGACCCCAUAAUUAUCAUCCUCGAGGACGUCUUCGUCCUCGCCUCCCCCAGGGAUGACGAAGAGUGGAGGUUGGCAGCAGUGGAGCAAAGGGAAUUUGCUAGCAAGAAGGCCAAGCUCGCAGCAGCAGAGCUAGCGAAGCUAUCAAGGCGUGUGUGUGAUAACCAGGCUGGGGAAUCGUUUAUAUCAUAUAUUACUGCAAAGAUACUUGACAGCAUCCAAGUGUCCAUUAGAAAUUUCCAUGUGGUAUACCGUGACCUGUACUGUGGCUUGCCCAGUAAUUCUGCACAAUUCAUGCUUGGUUUGAAAUUCUCAAGUUUGGCAAUCAUGAAGCAAACAUCUCCUGGUACAAGGGGCCUGGUCAGCAAAAUGGUGGAGAUUACUGGUUUGGAAAUCUAUUGCAGCUCAUCAAAUGGAAAUCUCAGUUUGCUGACCAGGGAUAAUGUCCAAGACUCCAAGGACCUGAGGAACUCAAGAUAUGAGGGGAAUGCAUAUGACCAUAUACUGGCUCCGCUGGAUGCGUCUCUCUCGCUUCUGGUUGACAGGUCUGGCAAGCUUGACAGUGAUGCUCCACAAUACUCCAUAAAUGCUGAAGUCACCAACUUGAUGUUCUCUCUUGAUGAAGUCCAGCUGCAAUACAUCCUGAUUAUAUGGGACAACUUGUGCACAUAUCAACUAAGAGAAAAAUAUGGACGUUAUCGCCCUUGGAGCUGUCCUUUAUCAAGGAAACCUGCAAAUUGGCAAAAAGUUUGGUGGCGCUAUGCACAAGAAUCUGUUUUAUCAGAUGUUCGAAAGACAUUGAGGAAAACAUCUUGGAGAUUCUUUGGAGAGAGACUGAGCUGUCGUCGGCGGUAUGUUGACCUGUAUAAGAAGAAACUAAUAUUUCUUAGACAGGAGCAGUCAAUUGAUGAAGAAAUUCUUCUAGAGUUGGAGCAAAUGGAAAAGGAUUCUGAUGUAGAUGAUAUAUUAAGUUACCGUGCAGUUGCUGAACAUAAAUUGCAGGAGCUUCCAGUCAACUCUUCAGACUCCAAUUCAGGAUUUAACAGCCUUGAGAAGUCCCGCAAUCUUGACCAAUCAUCAAGCAGACCCCGUGGAUGGUUAAAUUGGCUGUCUCGUGGUAUGCUUGGUGCUGGGGGUACAGAAGAUUCUAGUCAAUUUUCAGGAGUCGUUUCGGAUGAAGUAAUCAAGGACAUAUAUGAAGCGACAGAGUUUCAGCCUUCCGCUUCAACCAAUGGACCUGUUGUUACGGAUGACAAGUUAUAUAGAUGUGCAGUCAAAUUCUGCAUUCAUGAAAUUGCUGCACUAUUAAGAAGCACAAAAUCCAAGACAGAUACUGCAAAGUUGAUUCUCAAUGAAGCUGCUGUUGAAUAUAAAGUUCGGGAAGAAUCUUCUUCAGUUGAUGCGCUUCUCAACUCAAUCAGUAUAAUCUCCCCUCAUGAUGAAAGGGCCAUUUUACUUUCAAAGAGGGACUCUUCACAACCUUCUUGUAGGAUCCACAUGGACCUUUCACCAAGCCAAGAAGUUCAAGUAUCGAUAAAGAUUGCAGUUGAACCACUUUUAUUGUCUCUUGAUGCUGCAUUCUUCAGGAACUGCAUGGAAUUUUAUGAAGUUCUGGAGUAUGUUGAAUUUCAGCAUGAAAGAGUCAUCUCUUCCCUAAAUGGCAUUAGGAACAGCAGAGCACGAGUACAGUCCAAAACUGAAUACAUUUUGUCAACGCGUGAAAGAGUGACAUUGGAUGUCAGAGUCAACAAUGUUACUGUAAGCAUACCUUGGACUAAUACAUCAUUGGAGCACUCUGAAAUGGUUCUGGGGCUUCGAGCACUGGUUUUUAGCUCAGACUCUGAGCAAGAUGACUGGUCUGAUGUGCCAGACGACAUCCUAAUGCCUGUUGCAGAGUGUAAUUUUUCCAGUUUACAACAUCAUCUCUACGAUCAUUUUGAGGUCAAAAUUGAUGAUGCUGAGGUAAAAAUUAUUAGAAAUUCUUAUUCUAAACCGGUCACAGUAUUGGAGAAGUUCUCUGCAUCAGUUGGCGUGGCCUCAUGCUUCAUCCAAGAUGAAUCAAUACCAAAACAGUUGGAGGUUCGUAUUAAAGCACCAAUUGUAUAUGUGCACUUUUCACUGUCCAUAUUCAUUGCUGCUAUGGAAUUGAUUUUGUAUCUUGAUGACAUGCAUCAAAAGACUCAACCUGUGUCACUCAGAAGCCCUGAUUCAGGUCAUACCAUAUCAGAUCAUGUAAAAAGUUCAAUAUUUGGUUUUUCUCUUGCUGCAAAUUUGGGAGCAGUGACCAUUCAUUUUGACCUUGAGAAAGAUGAAGGCAAUAGCACCUCAUGCAUGGUCUCCCUGAAUGCAACAGAUAUCAGGUUUGAGUCUACAGAGCUUUUAAACUGCUGGAUCUUCUCAAAGGCAGUGGAGAUCACUAGUUGCUCUCUGAAUGAUGACCGAGACAGGUGUACUCUAUGCUUGUUUGGCUCUGUUUCUGAAAAUGUACCUCAACAUGACAUGAACAGCAGGGUCUACAACAAAAUCAGUAAGAAGAAUGACCAAAGAAUAUCAGCUAAUGGAUGUUUUCUUUUGCAUUAUGAAGCUUGUAGAAAAGAAGACUUUAGUCUGGAGAAAUGCACGAUAAGUUUGAGUGAUGGUGAGCUUCACUGCUAUCCUCAUAUAAUUGGGUUGAUGAUAGGGUUUUCUGAUAGAAUAGCUGAGUAUGCAAGACUUCAUGUUCAGAAAUCAUCUGGUCACUCUUUAGAUGAAAAAGCUCAGAGACAGGUGCCUGAUUUGGAGAACAAAAAAUUUGGCUUCUCAAACUUCUUGGAACCAGAAUGUUCUAAGAGUGCGAGCAUUCCGGCAAGUCAGUUUCCCUUCAUCACUAUUGACAAUUCUGGUCAACUUAGAAGCCUUGAGGAUUCUCUUCUUUAUGGUCUCUCCGACUGGAGGAAGAAAUUUUCUCCGUGUGGAAGAUCUGGAGGUGUGAAGUUUACCAAAGAUAAUGUAUCGAAUGGAUAUCUAUCCUCAUCAUUGGAGCCUGCUUCUUCAGGCAGUGGACAAUUUAUUGCUGAGUUUAAUAUGUGCGGAAUCAGAGUACAUUUCCAUGAUUCCUCAUGCAUCAUUGGAACUAUCACCGUACAUACCAUUAGUUCUAAAGUUUUUGUCUAUGAAGAGUUUGUGGAUAUAUUUUGUUCAACUGAAGGGUUGAUGCUCAAAUCAUCUUGUUGGCGGCAGGGUCUCCUUGAGUUUUUGUGGGGCCCUGCAUUACGGGAUUUUUCUCCUAUCUUAAAUGUCCGUGUGCGGAUCCCGACCACUCAUAAAAAUCCUCAACUAGAAGUAAGCAUAGGAGUUCAACAUGUGUGUUGCAUUUUGCCCACUGAAUAUUUGGCUCUAUUAAUAGGUUACUUUUCACUGCCCGAUUGGACCAUUAAUCCAAAGCAACAGCUUGAUGAACGUAGCAGUUCACAUACAGAUGAUGAGAGUCCAAUGACCUUUAAAAUAGAGAUACUGGAUUCUGAUCUGAUUAUCCCCACUGAGGAAAAAGCCUUUCAAUUUUUAGGGCUUGAGAUUCCGCAGCUAUAUUGUGAUAUUAUCCUUGACAAUUCAAGUGUUGCAGUGGAGGACAUCCCUUCCCAUUUGGUCGAUGGGUGUAAAAUUGCAGAGAGAAGCCAGGCUUUUAAUGUCUUUGGAAGACAAUUGUAUCUUUCCCUUCUCUUGCUCAAAGAUGAAGAUUGUCUUCCAAAAUUUGAUCGAGAUGCUGUGAGUAGGAAAUUGACCUUGAUUGCACCACUCAGUGCUGAUGUGUGGAUUAGAGUUCCAAGGGAGAAUGAGUCAUCUUCUGACUGCUCUGUGACUCCUGUUUGCAUCAUGGCAAGGAUUGAUAAUUGUGAACUCAUUGCUGAUGAGAGUUAUCUCUUUGAUGGACUUGAUGGAGUGGUGAAUGUCAUCAAUCAGUUUUCUGCAAUUGAAGAUAGAUCUAAAGCUUUCACAGGGAAUGCAUUGCAGUUUCUUAAAUCAAACAGCUGCCGAGAGAAGGAUUUAACAGCUUCAGCUGAUGUUUCAAGCUCUGGGUUGAUGGAAAUUUCAUUAUUCGUUAAUUCGUCGAGGAUAAAGUUGCAUCACACUGCACAAGAUUCAGCUGCUUGUGAACCAGUGGCUAUGGCUGAGAUGCAGUUGACAUGUUCCAUAUCAUUGAGACAUGAGAUGCCACAGCAUUUGGAGAUCAGUUUUUCUUCGUUUGUCAUAUAUUCUUUGUCCAGUUCUGCCAUCUUAGCAAGAUGCUCUCCUGCUGGUUAUGAUUCAUCAGUCCUGGGCAUUACUUUAUCGGUGUUAGAACAAGUUAGAAAUGAUAUUUCCUUUUCUCUUCCAUCUCUUGAACUUUGGUUUGAAUAUUUGGACUGGGUGAAGUUCCUUGAUGCUCUGAGAUCUCUUGUUGAAGAACAAGGCAGAACGGCUAAUACAGGAGCAUUAUUGAACAGCAGUACCAGUUCGGUUCUACAUACAGAAUCAGCUGCUUCAGAAAGUAAUGGCCUUGUGACUUCUUCAGAUAGUAAUUUUGUGGGCAUGGUGAAGCGGGAGACCAGCUUUGUGACUGUGAGGACCGAGAAUAUGGGUUUGACCUGUCAUUUCCCUUUUGCACUUAACAGAGACUCAAUACAGGGUUCUGGGAAUGGCACAUUUCCACUGGCAGAAAAUCAGCAUCUUUCACACUGUAAAUUUGCUUCAGUCACUAUUAAUACAAGGAGUGCUUGGCUGUCUCUGAAUAGCAGAGGUUCAAAAUUCAAAUCUUGCAUUGAGAAUGUGAGUGCUAGUGUCGGGAUAUCUCCAGAGAAGUGUCUCAGAUCUUCACCUUUCUUUCAGAUAAUUCAGGUUACUUUCGAGGCUGAAAUUUGUAAUAGAACAGAUGAGCUUGUUGAUAUCUCAGCAGAGGUAGGAUGCGAUCGAAUAGAAUUCGGCCUCUCGCAUCAAGUAUUCUAUUUCUGGCAUGACAUUGAGCUCAACAUUCUGGAGGCAGGGCCUUCUCAGAUUUCAAUUGGUUGCAUUGAUUGCAACUUAAAUAUUAGAAAGGUGUCUCUGCUGGUAACUGAUGGAAGGUGGACCUGCAAUGGACCCCUUCUUGAAGUUCUUGUAAGGAACUUCGUCUUGCAGGCCAAAGCGAGUGAAACAGUUGUGGAGAGCUCAAUUUGGAGUGACAUUCAAGUGAAUUACAAUAACAUUCAUAAGGUCAUGUGGGAACCAUUUAUAGAGCCAUGGAACUUCCAGAUGAGGCUAACCAGGAAGAGGGAGAUAAGUGUCCUUCUGAAGAGUUCCAUCGUCACGGACAUCCAUCUUAAAUCGAUGGCACAGCUCAAUCUGAACAUCACAGAGUCAUUUUUUGAGUGUGUUUGCAGGACAAUUGAGAUGAUCAAUGAUGCAUUGGGACUAGCAAGACCCGAUGUUAUUUCUAAAAGCUCAAGUUUCUUGAAUCCACAAUUGACUGAAACUAUUUCGGCUGGAAGAUAUGCGCCCUAUAUUCUGCAGAACUUGACUUCUUUGCGUCUGGCAUAUCACACUUUUCUUGGACCAAGCAAUUUGAAUGAUCUUGAUACCGGAGAAAUGAAAGACUGGCAUUAUGUGCAACCAGGUUCCUCAGUUCCAAUUUACAUCGAUGAAACUCCAGAGGAGCAACUUCUUCGUUUUAGACCUGCUGCCUCUUCUGACAGGCUAAAUGAAAAUCAACUCAGUGGGGCUGCUCACCAUUUUAUUAUGAUCCAACUUGAAGGGACAUCUACUCCUUCUGUACCAAUGUCAAUGGAUCUUGUUGGACUUAGCUACUUUCAGGUCGAUUUUUCGAAAACAUCUAGUUUAGAACUCGGGACAGUUGGAAGUAGGCCUGCUGCUGGUCCUGAAGAUGACCAUAAUGAUAGAGCUAGUGAUGGUUUUGUUAUCCCUGUAGUGUUUGAUGUUUCGGUGCAGCGCUUCAGUAAAUUGAUACAGCUGUACUCAACGGUCAUUGUUGAGAAUGAAACUUCUGUUCCAUUGGAGUUGCGAUUUGAUAUUCCACUGGGUGUAUCUCCAAAGAUUGUGGAUCCAAUCCUUCCUGGUGAGAAGUAUCCGCUUCCCUUACACUUAGCUCAACCUGGCCGAGUCAGGUGGCGUCCCCAAGGGAACUCUUAUGUUUGGAGUGAAACUCAAAUCCUCCGGAAUAUUCUGUCACAGGAUAGCAGGAUUGGAUUCCUUCGAUCUUUUGUUUGCUAUCCUUCUCAUCCAAGUAGCAACCCAUUCCGUUGUUGCUUAUCGGUUAGAAAGAUUUGUUUGCAUUCAGUGGAGAAGCCAAAAAAAGGUACUUCCCUUCAUGCUAGGAGUACCCCGAAGCGAUCUGGUGAACGAGAUGGGUUAUUACUUGGUUCAGACAAAUCAAAAAAUCAGUUUGUUUAUCAGUUGACCUUGAUUACUCCUUUGGUAGUUCACAACUAUCUCCCAGAAGUGGUUUCAUUGACCAUUGAAAGCGGGGGGGUUAAACAUGCUUCGUUGCUGUCAGAGGUAGCUACUUCCUUUUAUCACAUUGAUCCAUCGCAUGAACUGGGCCUUAAUUUCCAUCUGCAAGGAUACAAAACGUCUGUCUCUAGGUUCCCUGAUGCGGAAGCAUUCGUUACAUUAGCUAAGUUUACUGGCACCAAGUUUAUUCUUUCAGAGACUCUGAGUUUUGAGGCUGAUGUUGGUAAAGGUCCAAUAAAUGCUACUCUAGAGAAGAAGUUGGAUGCUUUUUCCGGGGCUCGGGAGCUCUUCGUAUAUGUUCCAUUUCUGUUAUAUAAUUGCUUGGGUUUUCCACUCUGCCUUGCUGACUCUGCCAGUGAAGUGGCAAGUGGAACAGUGUGCACUAUUCCGUCAUGUUACGAUUUGGUUGAGGAAGAACCUAUUCAAAUGAAAAUGGAUGGCCUUGGUCUUUUGUCUUCCAGUGAAGAUUAUAAGAAUGGGUCUCCUAAUAGUGCGGUGAUCUCAACUAGGAGAUUCGUGAAUAUGCCUACAGGUGGGAUGGCCUCUGUAGUGAAUCUACGCAAGAAGAAUUACGUGGAAAACCCAGGAGAGUGGAUUGGUAAUUCAACCAAUAGAACUUGUCCGACUAAUAUAUCAGAUUUAAGGAACUCAUGUGUUGUAGAUAAUGAGGGUGCAAAGGUUAGGGCGUUCGCUUAUGUGCCUAAACUAAGUUCUUAUUCAAGCGAUAACAUGGUAAGAGUUAGGAGAAGCUUUUUAGAAUCUGUUGGAGGAAAGCAGUUGGGCUUUUCGUGGUCGGAUCCAUUUCCAUUAGAUCCUGCAAGUGGUUCGACUACUGUUCUUGUCCCUCAGCGGAUCCAAAAUGCUGCUUAUGUGGUAUCUGUGAAUUCUACUGCACUUUCAGAACCAUUCGCUGGCCGUACCAGGGCAAUAUCUUUCCAGCCCAGAUAUGUCAUUAGCAAUGCUUGCAGCAAGGAAUUAUGUUACAAGCAGAAGGGAACUGAUUCUGUUUUCCAUUUGGGUGUCGGGCAGCACUCCCAUCUUCAUUGGACAGACACAACUAGGGAUUUACUGGUUUCCAUCCAUUACAAUGAACCAGGAUGCGAGUGGUCGGGUAGUUUCUUGCCGGAUAUUCUAGCUGAUACUCAGGUGAAGAUGCGGAACUAUAUUUCUGGAGAACUAAACAUGAUUCGUGUAGAAGUGCAGAAUGCCGACGUUUCCAUCAGGGAAGAAAAGAUUGUUGCGAGCAUUCAUGGAAAUUCUGGAACAAACUUGAUUUUGCUUUCUGAUGACGAUUCAGGCUACAUGCCUUACAGAAUCGAAAAUUUCUCAAAGGAGAGGUUACGCAUUUAUCAACUAAGGUGUGAAAAUUUUGAAACUAUCGUGCAUUCGUAUCAGUGUCAUCCUUAUGCAUGGGAUGAACCUUGUUACCCACACCGCCUUGUUCUUGAGGUGCCUGGAGAGCGAGUUUUAGGAUCAUAUGCUCUUGAUGAUGUAAAGCAGACCAUGAAAGUGCAUUUGCCUGCUACCACUGAGAAGCCAGAAAGAACUUUGCUUAUAUCUGCACAUGCUGAAGGAGCGACGAAGGUGCUUAGCAUUAUAGAUUCAAGUUAUCAUGUUUUCAGAGACUUGAAGAGCUUGAGUAACAAUGUAACUGGUGAGAAGAAGAAACCUGAGGAGAAACGGGACACUUCUGAUUACAACGAGAAAGUUUCAAUCACUAUCCCUUAUAUUGGUGUAUCUCUUAUCAACUCUAAUUCACAGGAAUUGCUUUUUGUCUGCAUAAAGGGCAUGACCGUUGAUCUGCUUCAGAGCAUGGAUCAACAGAAGCUUUCAUUUCAGGUCUCCUCAUUGCAAAUUGACAACCAACUACAUACCACGCAAUACCCAGUCAUCUUGUCAUUUGAUCAUGAUUCCAGAAGUAAGUCCUAUGGUCUCAAAGAUGGUGGUCAGAACAAGUGUGAGGACUUGCAAAUUCAUUCUCACAGCUCUUGUGAAUCUGUCAUCUGCCUAGCUGUGUCAAAGUGGAGGAAGAAAGACGUGCCAGUGAUCUCAUUUGAAUACAUAAUCUUCAGGGUGGCAGAAUUUCACCUUGAGCUUGAACAAGAAGUGGUGUUGAGUGUGGCUGACUUGUUGAGAACCAUCUACUUGAGACUGCAAAGUGGAGUGCUCCCAAUUUCAGAUACAGAGCCACCAGUUUUAUAUGAUAUCAGCCUUUUGGAAGAUCCACACCCACUCGUUCCCAAUUUAAACACUUCAAUACCGAGUAUAAAGUCAGGAAAUCGUUCAUUGCUGCCCUCUGUAAUACCCAUUGGAGCACCCUGGCAACAAAUAUACCAUUUGGCGAGGAGGCAAAAGAAGAUUUAUGUUGAAUUGUUUGAUUUGGCUUCUGUAAGGUUCACCUUAAGCUUUUCUAGUGCUCCAUGGAUGCUUAGAUUUGGGAUCCCUACAUCAGGAGACUCUCUUAUGCAAAGAGGUUUAAUGGCUCUGGCUGAUAUAGAAGGAGCACGAAUUUAUCUUAAGGAGCUGACAAUAUCUCAUCACAUGGCCAGUUGGGAAUCCAUUCAGGAGAUCCUCUUUAGGCAUUACGCUCGGCAACUUCUUCAUGAGAUGUACAAGGUCUUGGGUUCAGCUGGUGUUAUUGGUAAUCCAAUUGGAUUUGCAAGGAGCUUGAGCCUUGGGAUCAAGGAUUUCUUAUCAGUUCCUACCAGAAACGUUUUGCAGAGCCCUGCAGGACUAGUACGUGGCAUGGCACAAGGAACUACAAGCCUCUUGAGUAGCACUAUUUAUGCCUUGAGUGAUGCUGCCUUUCAGUUUAGUAAAGCUGCUCAGAAGGGUAUUGUUGCGCUUACAUUUGAUGAUCAAGCAGUUGCUAGAAUGGAGAGGGAACAAAGAGGUGUGGCUUCUCAUAGUCAAGGGGUCAUUAAUGAAGUCCUAGAGGGUCUCACUGGACUUCUCCAAUCGCCAAUCAGAGGAGCUGAAAAGCAUGGUCUCCCCGGUGUCCUCUCAGGAAUGGCACUGGGGCUGACUGGUGUGGUGGCACGACCAGCUGCUAGCAUCCUCGAAGUGACUGGGAAAACGGCCCAAAGCAUCCGAAAUCGAAGCAAACACUACCAAACCAGAGGAGCAAAGCGCCUCAGGGUGCGCUUACCAAGGCAUCUGAGGCCUGACCUCCCCCUGAAGCCCUACUCCUGGGAGGAAGCAAUCGGGAUCUCCGUACUCCGGGAAGUAGCUGCUAACAGUAAUAGCCACAACAACAAUGACAGCACGACCACCACCACCACCUGCCUUGGGGACCAAGAUGAGGUGCUGGUCACUUGCAAGUCCCUCAGGCAGCCGGGCAAAUUUGUCGUGCUAACUGAGAGGCGGAUUCUGAUCGUGGGCUGCCCGAGCCUAGUGAACUUUGGGAACCCUGAGUUCCCAGGAAUUGAGGCAGAUCCUGGUUGGACAAUCGAGUCAGAAAUCGGGCUUGACAGUGUGAUCCACUGUGAUGCCGAUGAGAAUGUUGUGCACAUUGUGGGUAGCAGUUCCUCAGAGAGGUUGCUGAGGCAAAGUCUCAGCCACCACCAUACCACAAAGGGAAAAGCGAAGUGGAAUAAUUUCAGCCCUGCAACUCUCCCCCUUUUUCAGAUGGAUCUCGAGCUUGGGUCGAGGGAAGAGGCGCAGCAGUUGCUGUCGACAGUAGAACAGGGGAAAGAACAGAGAUGGGGAAGUGCCCGGGUGCUUCAUCAAUGGAACAUGAGGUGAAAUUGUGGAAUCUUGGGAUGUUUGGUAUGCGGCUUAGUUCAUUUUGUACAGUGUACAUAACUUUAGUUGUAUCCGUAGAUAUUGAUUGUAAUUUAUCCUGUUAUAGCGUUGAUGCUUCAUUUUUGGUCUUCUAGUCUGGUAGCUGAGAUUUUCCGACUUUAUCUGAAACUUGGGUUUUGAUCGGGCGUUUGCUGCAGUAGCUAAAUUGAAUUGAGCUUUGCAAAAUUCAAGUUCGAAUUUUGAGCACCCAUUUUUAACCGUUUAGCUAGUA